CCGGUUCUGAUCCUCUCCUUCCUUCUCCCUCUUUCUUCUUCUUCUUCUUCUUCUUCCUUUUCCACCUUCUCCCCCUGCGCUGCUGCCGCCGGUCGCGAAUUUGCUUAUUAGCUGUUUCAUUGUUGAUGGGUCUCUGACUGAAGGUGAGAUGAAUUGAGAGGAAGAAUCGGUGAGAAAGAUGGGUUCAAUCAUUCACGGAGCAAAUACAACGACAAAGGGCGUUUAUAGGAGCCUUCUUAAAGCAGUGAAGCAGAAUAUUGGAAAAGAGAAACGCAAUUCCCAUUUCUUCGAUUACAUCAGCCAUGAAUUCAGAAAGGACGCCAACAACAACCCGCUGAAUUUAAAGCUUGCCAGCGAUUAUACUUUCUAUCUUAACAGCGUUCAUCACCAUAAGGAGCUGCUGUUUUCACACAACAUUGCCGUGGAUCGGUCUGAUGAAAUGAAAAAGGUAAUCGGAAAAUCUGCCACGAGUGUAGGGCUGCGGCUGCCAGAUGUCUAUCAGCCCUGAUAUAAAAUUGUGCUUCUCAGAAUACAAGGUAUUGAAAUUCUUACUGCCCCUUCGAUUUUCCCUAGAUUGAAUCCUUAUCUAGAGAGCCAUUCUGUCUGGUUUUGUUAAAUUGAGUGAGACAUGAAUUACUAGUUCUUUUUGUUUUGUUUUGUAGAUGUUUUAGUUAGACAAAGCUUCUUCUGAACUUAUUCUUUGGAUUCAUUUUGGUGCACUGAUGAGGCAAAAUGACUCCUUUGGGUAAACACUCUUUAGUGAAUGUUUUGAGCUGCAUUUUCUCUUUCCAUCCCAA